AUGAAGGUUUGCAACUUGUUACUUGUUGCUGCGGUUGCCAAUUCGUUGGCAAUCAGAACCCCGCAGAUUGAAAAUAGCAAUGAUGGCUCUAAAAAGACUAGUCAUAGACUUGGAUUCAAACAUCACAAGGCUAUGAGAUUGAGAUUGCCAUUCAAAUCUUCCAAUUCUGCUUCUGCUGAUCAGCAAGGUGAUUCUAAUGAAUGGAGCGUUGAACACCAAGCGGAUUAUGCCUUGAAGGCUAAGUUCAAAGAUGAUUCUGAUAACGAAGACAAUGCUCAUGUUGAUGAAUCCAACUUGGGAUUGGGCUCUUUUGCCGGUGCUUUGGCUGAUGAAGUUUCUGAUCCUACUUUUACUGCCAAGUUUAAAUCGGGUGGUUUUGGUGACAUGUUUUGGCAAUUGUUGAGUGUUGGUAAGGAUUUGACUAUGGAGAAGAUUAAUAUAUUGAAGGAUAUUUUGGCUAUGUUGGACCAAAUCAAGAAUGCUCGUGGUAAAGAUGCUGAAGAACCAGUGUCUAUUAGUGUUGUUGAUGCUGAUCCUCAAGACCAAGCUAACUUGAAUGCAUUUGCCAAAAGAGAUGGUGAAUUUGCUGACGUUGAAGAUUUGAAUAACUUGAUAAAACUUGAUAAGUUGAAGGGUAUCUUCAAAAAGGGAAAAGGUGGUAAAGGCGGUAAAGGUGGUAAGGGUGGUUGGAAAGGUAAGUUUGGUAAAGGAAAGCACGAUCACGAUGAUGAUGACGACGAUUAUGAUUCCGAUUACGAUCAUAAUGAUGAUUCCAAUUAUGAUGAUGAUUGUGAAGACGAUGAAUACGAUGGCAGAGAUUAUGAUCAUAGAAGAAAGAAAUCUGACAAUCGUGGUAAAUUUGAUAGAGGUCACAAGAAAGGCAGUUCCCACAAGGACAAAGGAUCGAAUUUUAGAAAUGACAGAGACUUUAACGAUUUUAAAGAUUGGGAACGUGCUCAAGAUGAUUUGAAGCGUGACUCGCGUGACUCACGUGAUGGGUCUGGUUCAUUAUCACCAUCGGGUAGAAUUGUUGGUGGUGAUAGAUCGCGCGGUGGUGAUAGAGUUCACGGACGUCCUGAUGAUUGUGAUGAUGACUUUGAACGUGAUAGAGAUCAUGACAGAGACCACCGUGAUGGAAAGGACCACGGAAAAGAUCACGGAAAAGACCACGGUAGAGACCAUGACAGAGACCACCGUGAUGGAAAGGACCAUGGAAGAGACCAUCAUGAUGGAAAGGGCCACGGAAGAGACGAUGGUUGGAAAAAUGCUCCAGACUUUGAAAGAAAGCACGGUAAGAACGAUGGCAAAGAUUGGAACAAAGGAAAAGGCCACGAUUGGAACAAGGACAAGGACCAUGAUGGAGACCACCGUGGUGGCAAAAGUGAUGACAGAGACCAUGGUAAGAAUUGGAAUAACGAUGAAGAUUGCGAUGAUUUUGACAAUGAUCGUCGUGGUAAAGAUUGGAACAGGGGAAGAGGGUCUGGUUUCAAAGAUGAUAGAGACAACCAUUCUCAUCACAAUUCCAAAGUUUCCAAGAAUGAUGAAUUGCAUUUGGCUGUGAGAGAUUUGAGUAAAUUGAAAAAGAUGAUGGCUGGCAAGAAGGGUAAAACUACUGCCGCUCCAACUGCUGUUGCUCCUUCUACUGUUGCUCCAGAACCAGAACCAACUAUGGAUGAAGAAUGCCCCGAAGAGCCAGAGACUGAAGAACCAGCUCCAGCAACCACUGCCCCAGCACAACCUGCACCUACUGGUAAAGCUGGUGGUUUGAAGUCCAAAUUGAAGGGUUUGUUCAAUAAAAAAGGAAAAGCCACUGGAAAAUUGAGCGGUUUAAAGUCCAAGUUCAAAAAGAGUAAGACCACUUCUUCUGUCGCAGCUGUAACAACCACUGUUGUUGUUGAUUGCCCUGAGACUGAAGCUCCUGUUGAAGAUGAGGAUUGUCCAGAAGAAAAGAAAUUGGCUGAUGCUAAAGCUGACAAGGAAAAACGUGAUGAUGCUACUGAUGUUGCCAUUGACUCGAAAUACUUUGGAUUUGGUGGUAAGAAGGGUGGAAAGGGAAAAGAUGAAAAGACGGAGGAGUCCAAGCCUGAUGUUUUUGAUGAUGAAGAUUGUGAUGAAGAAGAUGAGGAAGAGAAUGUCGGAAAACAAAAAGGUGGUAAAAAGGAUAUCAAAGGUAUGUUAAAGGGAAAGCUUGGCGGUUUGAAAGGAAAAAUGGGUGGUGGUGCUGGAAUGAAGGAUAAACUUGGUGGAUUGAAAGGCAAGAUGGGCGGUGGUGCUGGAAUGAAAGAUAAACUUGGCGCAUUGAAGUCUAAGUUUAAGAAGGGUAAGGGUGGCAAGAACCAAGGCCCUGAAGAUGAUGAGGAUGAAGAUUGUGAUGACGAAUUUGACAAGGGAAGCGGAAAGUUUCAAUCUGGAAAAGGAGGAAAGAAUGGAGGCUUUGGUAAAGGUAAACGUGAAGUAGAGGACAAUUUUUUUGAUUCAAGUGCCGAAUGGUGCUACGAUUCCGAUUGCGCCGAUGAAAGCUUUUUCAACGAUAAGGAUCUUGAUUCUUCAGGGAGCAAUCGCAGAGGGCUGGAACCCCAAUUUUUCGCUCAAAGCGUAGUUUCUAAACAUGAUUUAGUUGAAGAUUUGUUGUUGAAGGUUUUCUUGCAAUUGAAACAUUCUGGUUUGAUUAACGAUAUAAUCAAGAUGUCCUUGACUGAUGAUCUUGUAAGGGAAGCGUUGACUGAUAUUACCAUUAAGUUGUUGAAUGCCAAUGUUAUUCCUUGGGAUGAUAUUAUUCUUGCUAUUAAAACCCAUGGUCUUGUUCUUGAUGUUACUAAAUUUACCUUGACCAAUCCUGAGGUUAGACAAGGUUUGGCUUCGUUUGUUUUGGAGCUUAUCCCAGGCUUGAUUAGAAGUGGUUCAUUGACUACCAAGCAAGUCGUUGAACAGUUGAAUAUUGAAACUCAACGCCCAUUUCCAGGUAAAGGUGAAGGCAAGGAUUUGAGGGAUCCGCGUAUCCAACCUUUGGGGCCAUUUCCAGAUGAAGAGUUUCCACAUGACCACCACGAAAAAAACCACUUCAAAACUAUAAAGGGUCAUGAAGAAGAACAUCACUAUGUCAAAGUCCGUAAUGCUACCCACGACCAUGAGAUUGAGCAUCAUGAACAAAAGAAUAAGGAUAUUGAAAAGUUGCACCAUGAAGAAAGUCAUCAUGGAGAUCAUCAAGAAGAUGACUAUGAAAGCAAACACCAUGAUUUAGAAAAAGACUACCAUGAAGAAUCCAAAAAGGGACACAAUGUUCAUGAAAAGGAUAUCCACGAAGUGCAAAAGGAACAUCACAAGGAGAAUCAUCAUCAAGAUUUGAACAGAAACGGGGAAUUGCGUGAAGAACAUCACGAAAAGAACAAUAAGGAAUUGCAAAAGGAAAAGCAUGAUCAGGAUUUUUAUGUUGAUGAAGAUGUUUCAAAUAAGCAAAAGAGACAUGAGUUGGAACACCAUGAAAAAGAAGUUCACAAGAAGGAAAAAGAUUUGCAUGAAUUUGAUCUUCACGAGCAAUAUGAUGAAGGUGAUGAACACCAUAAAGUUGAUCUCCACGAAAAGAACAAGCACGGUUUGGAAAAGGAUUUCUUUGAAAAGGAUGAACACGAAAAGACUGAUGGUCACGGGAGAGACCACCACCAUGAGGAUAAUCAUGAAUUGACUCAAGACUUCCACGAGAAGGAUCUUUCUCAAGUGGAUGAUGAUGCUGAUGGUACUCACUAUGAUAAAAACUUGCACGAAUUGGAUGGUGUUCAAGUAGAGAAGGAUCUCCACAAGGAUCACGUUCACGAAGUUGAUCACAAGAGAAAGAGACAUGAAGUUGAGCAUUUUGAAGAGGAUUUCCACAAGAAUGUUACUGAACACCAUGAACAUGAUUUCCAUGAAGUUGUUGAUGGCGACUCGGUACAUCAUGAAAAGAAUAAGCAUCAAAAUGAAGACCAUAGUUUUGAACAUGACAAGCACUUGGCUAAUCAUCAUGAAGAAGAUCACGGCGAGUUUGAUUAUGAGAAGGAUUUCCAUGAUUUAGAUGAGUUCUUCAAGGAAAAGGACCACCACUCUGAUUAUUUCCACGAAGUUGAUCACAAGAGAAAGAGACACGAAGUGGAUCAUUUUGAGGAAGAUUUCCACAAAGACAUCAAACAACAUCACGAAGUUGAUCAUCAUGAAAGUAUUGAUGAUGCCUGGAGUCGUGAUGAGAAGACCCACCACAAGGAAGAUGACUUUGCCUUUGGACGUGAUAAGCAUGCCCUUGACCACCACGAAGAGAACCACACUGACGAUUCCGACUACAGAAAGGAUUUACAUGAGUUGGAUGAUGUUUCAAAGGAAAAGGAGCAUCACCAAGACUCUUACCAUGAAGUUGAGCAUGAACUUGAACAUGAACUUGAGCGUCGUGAUGUUGGUUAUGAGCAUGAUAAGGUUUCUCAAGGCAAAGAUUUACAUGAGUUGGAUAACCACCUCAAGCAAAAGGAUAAGGAUCAUUUUGCUAAAGAUAAUCUUUAUGGCGGUGAACGUCAUUACAAGGAACAUUAUGAAAAAGAACACCAUGAAAAGGAGAAUCAUGAAACCACUCCUGAUAGAAACCACUAUGAAAAAGAGGAGCAUGACAGAGAGGAGCAUGGUAAAGAGAAUCAUGAAAAGGGACCUUACGAGCAUGAAGAGUUUUCAAAAGAGCAUGGAAAGAUUGUUGAUAAGAAGGAGUCUAAUAAGAAUGCUUUUGGUAAAAAGGAGCAUGAGUUAAAGGGGGACUUGGGUUUUGAAUAUGCCCCUGCUGCUGCUGCUGCUGCUGUUGGGGGUCCAUCUCAAGCUCCAGGACAAAUUAUCCCGCCUAUUGGUGCUUAG